GCAUUAGUUAGUGAAAGGGUUAUUCAGAGCCUUACACUGAUGUAUUUGAGGUGAACAUGACAACCAGAUUGACUGCAAGACCUCAGGAAGCUUCAGUAAACUUCUAACAUUACUCAUUGGCUUGUCUAAUUAACUUUGGUCAAUAUCUACUUCCAGACCAAGCAUUAACAAACCAUCAUCUCUCACAGGUGUUUCAAAUCGGUCUGGCCGCAAUGCACCAGCCGUUCGUCAGGGAGCACAACCGCAUUGCCGUCUUGCUUUCGGACCUCAAUGCCCACUGGACUGACGAGCAAGUGUUCCAAGCGGUGCGCAGGAUUGUGGGAGCAACUCUGCAGCACAUCACCUACACUGAGUUCCUCCCCUCUAUUCUUGGCCAGGUAUUCUAAUAUAAUAGUUAAAACCAUCAACAGGAUCAGGAAGAGGGAGAUGAAGUGAGGAGAGAGGAGAGGAGGCAGGAGAUAGUGGUCAAGAGCCUCAGGUGUGGGCCGGACACUCAUCCUAACCUCCUCCUUGCCUCCUCCUCACAUCCAUCCCAAUAUCACUGUUCUCUUUCUUCAUAUCUCUUCAUUUCUUCCCUGCAGUCUCCUUUCUAAAACUUUAUUCAUUCAAGAAAAGUUAUAUUAAAUAGGUCUUUGUCUGGAUUGUGUAUGUACACACACACACACACACACACACACACACACACACACACACACACACACACACACACACACACACACACACACACACACACACACACACUAGAUAGAAACUGUUUGGUAUUGUAUGCACCCUCUUAUCAUCUUUUCUCUCUUCCCCACACAGGGCAUUAUUGAGAAGUAUGGCCUGGCACUGCAAUCAUCAGGGUUCUUUGCUGGGUAUGACAUCAACAUCAACGCAGGCAUUGCCAAUUCUGUGUCGUCGCAGGCCCUCAAAUUUGUGGCCUCUCUCCUGCCAAAUACUGUGGCUUAUUUUGAUGAGGAGAAGGUGAAAGAGCAUCCCAUCACAGACACCUUCUAUGCUCCCUUUGACCUUUACAAGCCCAUUAGAGGUGGUAAGUACUUGUUAAUAUAUUUUGGUGAUAGAGAAAAGCAGGUAGACAAAAUUACAAGUAUUCAAAAUUUUUUCCUUUUUCCUUAUCUUCUAUUACUUCCUCCUCAUUGUGCCAAUUUGUUUCCUUACCUCUGCAAGUAUUGAUUAUUGUGUCUAUCUAUCCACCUGUCUGCCUGCUUGUCUAUCUGCCUGCCUGUCUACGGUCAGCGACACACACAAUCGGACCUCCUGCCGAGACACGAGCAAGAAAGUUUCCUCAUUGGCUGACGAAAUGCCCCUGGUUGUAAAGUAUGGCUGUCAUUGGCUGGAGGUCUGAUGGUGGUUGUUGAUGGCUGUAUUUGUGGUGAUGGUGAUCUAUUAUUAUUAUGUCUGUUUUGUUAUAUGUUGUGUUUGAUGCAAAAUGUUUUGUGUGUUUUUGAGAAUGUGUCCUGGAAAUUUUUGGUUACAAGGAAAUGCAUAUUGAUAUACAAUGUCUCUCUCUCUCUCUCUCUCUCUCUCUCUCUCUCUCUCUCUCUCUCUCUCUCUCUCUCUCUCUCUCUCACAAAAAGCUGACAAUAUUAAUUUGGAAUUUUGUUAAGGGAGGAGGGUGAAGGAAAGGGUCUUUUACCUUGGACUUGGAUUCACUUGCUGUGAUAGCGAAAAUGGCCCUAAACCAAAAUGUGUUGUUUGUGGCUUGGAGUUAUCAAAUGAAUGUAUGACUCCACAGAAAAUGAAGAGACAUUUAUCAACUAAGCAUCGUCACCUGACACAGAAACCUAUAUAUUACUUUAAGAGACUCUUGAAAGAAAACAAACAACAAAGUCUUGGGUUUGAGAAAAAAGUGAAGGUAGCAGAAAAGGCACAGAAAGCAAGCUACUUAGUAGCAGAACAAUCAGUAAAAGAAAUGAGACCCCAUUCAAUUGCAGAAUCCUAUUUUCUUCCAGCUUGCUGUUCUGUAGUGAAAACUUUGUUUGGGGACGAGGCUGAAAAAGAAGUGAAAAAAAUUCCUCUCUCAAACGAUACGAUUGGCAGACGAAUCAAGGAUAUGUCAUCUGACAUUGAGAAAAGUGUGUGCGAACUGGUGAAAGAUAAAACGUUUGCCUUACAAGCGGACGAAUCAACAGAUAUUGGAGGGAAACCUCAGUUACUUGUGUUGAUGCGUUUCAUUGAUGAUAAGAAAAUAACCGAGCAAUUCUUGUGCUGCAAAGAACUAAGUCAAACAACAGGACAGGAAAUAUUUUCUACAGUGACAGAAUAUUUGGUAGAAAUGGACUUAAAUGGAAAUUAUGUGUAGGAAUUGGCACAGAUGGUUGUCCAUCAAUGGUGGGGUCAGUAAAGGGUUUUGUGUCUUUAGUGAAGAAGGAAAAUCCAUUUCUGAUUACCACACAUUGUUUCUUGCACCGUGAAGCUCUUGUUGCUAAACCACUUGGACAAGAUUUAAAAUUUGUUCUUGAUAAUGUCGUGAAAAUGGUGAACUUUAUUCAAAGUAGACCAAAGCAGUCAAGAUUAUUUUCCAGUCUUUGCGAAGAAAUGGGAUCUGCCCACGAAGGUCUUCUCCUCCACACGGAAGUUCGGUCAUUGUCAAGAGGCAGAGCGUUAUCCCGUGUGCAUGAACUAAGAGAGGAAAUUCUUCUUUUCUUUGCUCUGGAAGAGAAAACAGAAUUCUGCGAAUUACUGGCCGACGAAAUUUGGAAUGCAAAAUUAUGUUAUUUGGCAGAUAUAUUUGAGCAUUUGAACAAGGUGAAUUUAAGUAUGCAAGGGAGAAAUGAAAAUAUGUUAACAUGCACUGAUAAAAUGCAGUCAAUGAAAGAAAAAAUCAAGGUUUGGAAAGACAGGUCAAGUGAAGGUAAUAUUGACAUGUUUCAAAAGACUGCUGCAGCAAACAACACAGACAUUGUUCCACUCAUUACAGACCACCUUACAAGUCUAGAAAGGAGCAUUGAAAAAUACUUUUCAAAUAUAUCUACUGAAAGUUAUGAUUGGCUGAGAAAUCCAUUGGUGCUCGAUCCCUUACACAAGCCUCAACUUAGCACUCACGAAGAAGAGGAACUAAUUGAUAUCCGAAAUGACCGCAUGCGGCCCGCCACACUACUACGUGCGGCCCGCGGCACGUCUCAUAUUUCAGUCUUACAGUUGGUCUUUUUACAGGAAUGAUUAAGCCAGCCAGCCCUUUGCAUUUUAAAGUCAUUAUAUAAAGAUAUAAAGAUACUAUUAUAUUUUUUGGGCGGUGACGUUCCUCUGUGGUAUAGUAACUCCCAACCUCGUCAAGUGUGUGCGCGUGUGUGUGUGUCCGGCUCGCCGCCACCCGCCAACAUUCUCUCUCUCUCUCUCUCUCUCUCUCUCUCUCUCUCUCUCUCUGUGUGUGUGUGUGUGUGUGUGUGUGUGUUAUUGUUAAAAGUAUUUUUCUUAAUUAAAGUAAGUGAUUGCAAACACAAUGUCACCAGCAGGAACUUUACCAUCUGCUUCAAGUUUUCUAUCGUGUUUUGUAGUGAACGAAUUAUUCUCAUAUAUUUUUACGUAAAUCAUGUGACCAUUUCGUCUCGUGGACUGCGUUCCAAAGCCAGUGACUACAGGUGACGAGAAUACACGUAGUCGUACGGGCCCUGCUCCGUAAUAUACACGUGUUAGACGUGACCAUAACUCGUCAUUCCUCCGUCUCACCGAGAAUCGGCCUCCGACUCGAGUCCUGCUUUGUCCUUCGAGAGCGUCACAGCGUCAGAUUUUGGCGCGACUCUUACUGCACAUCAUCUCAUCAUGAUUUCCAAGAAGCGAACAGUUACUGAAGAACAUCGUGUGAUGCAGGAAAAGUGGAAAAUAUCUUUAUUUUUUGCUGAAGUGAAUGGAAAACCAACUUGUUUGAUUUGCAACCAAAUUAUAGCGGUGUCAAAAGAAUAUAACAUUCGGCGACAUUACACAAGCACUCAUGCUUCAAAGUAUGAUGUGUAUAGUGGAAAACUUUGCGAAGAAAAAGUAAAGACGCUAGAACAGUCUCUCAAAAGGCAGCAGUCAGUGUAUCAGCGUGUUCACGAAGCCAGCGACACUGCAGUACGGGCAAGUUAUAGGAUUGCACGGGAAAUAGCUGCGUCAUCGAAACCAUUUUCAGAAGGGGACUUUAUAAAGAAAUGCACGACGACGGCCGCAGAAGAUAUUUGCCCCGAAAAACGUAGAUCAUUUGCAAACAUAAGCCUUUCAAGAAAUACAGUUGCAGAAAGAGUAAAUGAACUGUCAGAAAAUCUUAAUAGUCAGCUCAAAGAAAAAGUUGCUAAAUUUGUAGCAUUUUCUGUAGCAAUCGAUGAAAGUACAGACAUUACUGACAUAGCUCAACUAGCAGCAGCGUUCAUACGUGGUGUUGAUGAAAAUAUGCAGGUAAGUGAAGAAUUUGUGGAAUUAGUACCAAUGAAAGGAACAACAACAGGGGAUGAUAUAUUUGUGAGUUUGACUGGUGCACUUGAUAGGAUAGGUGUUGACUGGAAGAAAACUGUGAGUCUGACAACAGAUGGAGCAUCUCAAAUGGUUGGUAGAAAGGCUGGCGUGACAGCAAAGUUAAAGGAAAAACUACUCACCCUGAAUUCAGACCAUCAAAUUCACAGUGUUGAUUGCAUAAUUGACAGGGAUUAAUUAUUAAUUAUUGUAUUGUUAGAAAUACUGAUUGAAAAGGAAGGAAAAAAAAACUCAUUAAUGUACCACCGGUGGUACAUGUGGCGGUUACUGAAGGUACGAAAUGUACCAUCGGUGGUACAUACGGCGGUAAACGUGUUAAUCUAACCUAACCCAACCCAACCGCUUAACCCUAUAAGGACCAUUGGAACAAUUAUGAACCACUUCAAAAGCGUGCUUUUCCUUGGAUGAAAUUCCCUCGUAGAGGCGUGUCCGUCCGGCGGUACAUUUUUGCACCACAUCAGAAAACAUCACUCACACGAUAUGUGGAAAAAAAGCUCUCGUUUCUGUGUAACAGCAGUUGACUCGUGACCACCAGAGGGGGAGGACGUAGUGACUGAUCCUCCGUUUUCAACGAUUUUUUUGGACGACUCAUAGGUAAGCCAGGUCACUACAAAAAUGAUGAUAUAUCCCAUAUAUUCAGUAGAAUGUGUUUAUAAUGUUGGCCUGACUUUGGAUUAUAUUACUGUAAUGUAAAAAGGUGUUUUUAAAUGGUUCAAAAAUGUACCAGUGGGUCAUUCUGUUUCCUCAGAUAUGGACACGUCACAGUUCUAUGGAGGCAGGUUUAAAGUUGAUUGUGACACAAAGCAAUUUGUAUGCAACACAACAAAAUGUAAACAAGCCUCUGAAGCUGGAUAAAGAUGAGUUGGAACAAUUUCUAGGGACUGUCUUUCUUAUGUCCUUGUUCAAAAUAUCUAACACUAGGCUUUAUUGGAGUGGGGUGCUGGAAUUCGAUUCCGUAUCCAAAGUUUUCAGUAGAAGGCGAUGGGAAGAAAUAAAAAGCUCUCUACAUUUCAAUGACAACACUCAGGCACCUGACAGGACUGGUCCCAAUGCUGACAGGCUUUUCAAGGUUCGCCCAGUACUUGACCAUUUGCAAUCAAAAUUUCGCAGCAUCCCAAUGCAACAAAUGUGCUGCAUUGAUGAAAUGAUUGUUCCCUUGAAAGGAAAUUCUUACCUAAAGCAGUACAUCCCAUCCAAACCACACAAAUGGGGUUUCAAGGUAUUUGCUUUGUGUGAUACCUCUGGGAUCUUGAAUGACUUGCAUGUUUAUGAUGGGCCCCUAAAGCCAGUCCAAGGUGAACCGGAUCUGGGUCCAUCAUCCAAUAUAGUUCUGCAGUUGGCGCGCACAAUCCCAGUAAAUGCAAACCAUUUGUUAUACCAUGACAAUUGGUUCACAUCUCCUAAACUAAUGGCUCAUUUAGCAACGAAGCAGAUCUACUCUCUGGGUACUGUGAGACAAAACAGACUGAAAGGGAUAGGAAAUGUUCUGCCUACAGAUAAGGAAAUGUUGAAAAAGCAAAGGGGGUCUCAUGUAGAGGUAAGCACAACUUACGAUGGAGUAGAGUUACGUGCAAUGAAAUGGGUAGACAAUCGUUGUGUGACUCUCCUCACAAGCUUUUCAUCUGCUCAACCUUUGGGAACAUGUAAGAGGAGGAGGCAGUAGACACCUGCCGAAACGAUAAUUACUCCCAGUGAGGUCUAAAACACUGUUCAGGGGGUGCUGUGAACUUAUCAUUAAACCCAGCUGUGACCUCACUGAACGUUUCCCUUUGUGUCUCACAACACAAGGGGGUAGUCACAGCCUGCCCUCUAAAGACAACUCUCUUCCUCCACACAAAACUACAAGCACCUAAUAACACACACACCCUUCACUCAAAAAAUUUUAAAAUCAUGGCGACUCCUACACCAGCCUCGGAGUCCCCAUCUGGGGAGGGGACCAUAAAUGUCCCCAGGUCGGACUGCCUUUCCGUCGACGACCCUAAGUGUCUUGACACCCCCCUCAACUUUUUCUUCAUUAACUUGU